AUGUCUGACGAUUCUCAAAAAAAGAGAAGAGUCAGACAGGCGUGUGACUACUGUCGGUCCAAGAAGGCUAGAUGUGAUGGAAAGUCGCCGAAAUGCUCCACUUGUAUGCUGAUGGAUAUGACGUGUACUUACACACAAAGUGCCAAGCGUAGAGGUCUUCCUACUGGGUACAUCCAUGAUUUAGAGAGGAAGGUACUAAUGUUCCAAGCACUCUUUGCCAGCAUACUAAGUAAUGAUCUGGACCACGGCAGGUCGUUAGAAGAACGGAUAAUGACCUCUUUGACAGACCCAGAAGAGUCUUCUAAAUUUAUAGAAAAUAUUGGGCGUUUCGAGGUGCUAUGGGAUGCUCAUUCAAUAUCGCACCUCCUCAACAAGUUCAUUGUCGAACAUGGCAAAGUAAUACACGAGGCUAAAGUUCUGACGACCGCAUUACAAUCCGUCAGUUCACAACCAAGUGAUUCUGUUCAAGAUUCGGAAAACCAGGCAAAUGUCAAAUUGGAGCCAACAGCAGCAAAUAGUCUGCUCGCUAAUUUGCUUAACAAUCCCAUUUUUGAAGUGGGUCAUCCAGCAGGCCCACAGGACUUCAGCUUGAUCAACGAUCCUUCCUUCUUCCUAAAUGACGACAUCUUCCAGUUCAUUUCAGACGAACUCGAAGAGUCUGCUGAUAAUUGGGAGCCUGUGGCCCUACAAUACCAUGGAUUAUCUUCGUUAAUUUCGGGGUUUACUAUAAAAUCCGUUCAACAAUACAACAAUAGAUUGCUUGUUAGCCAUAAGAAUCCGUUUCGUGUAGGUUCUAUUUUCAACGUUUCAUCUGCGGCUAUUACUGCUGCGAUUUCUAAUACAGUUAAGCUUCCCAUGGAGAUCUUCCAGUUUCCGGAUAAUAUCCGAAAAGUGGUCGACUGCUAUUUUCAAAUUUACCAUACUUGGCUUCCCAUGCUAGAUCGUGUAUCCAUCUUGCGACAAGUACACCAUCUUCAAUCUUUCAAUAGCAAGACAGACAAAUCUAAAUUACAUGGUUCAGACUGCACCAUGAUUGCAUUGGUUUGGGCUAUCAUGGCAUUAGGCCAACUAGGUUCAUCCACAUCUGCGGCAAAUGCCAGUAGCAACAAUAAACUCACAGCUUCCUUUGCAAAGAAUGCCAUCAUGGCACUUGAAAAUUCAUUCACUUCGACAAUCGAGACUAUCCAGGCUCAGGUACUUUUGGGACUUUACUUCUAUCAGCUUGGCCAAUGGGAUUUCUCCUGGGUUUUGAUUUCGUCAGGUUCCAGAAUGGCUAUCGAUGUCAGAUUGAUGACGCCUGCUGCUGCUAGCGACGAUGCUGGAACAUCCAGGAAGUCCAAUUCUUCUACAACUCUCAAUAACAUCAAUAGAGAAAGAACUUGGGCUACAGUCUAUAUAGUUAACACCUUGCUAGCUGCUAGAAUGGGAAGAUCUCCGGUGGUAAGGGCUAUGGACUGGCCAACUCCCGUUAUAAACAACGAGGGAUGGGAAGAGUGGGAAGCUUGGAAGUGUUUUCAUUCUCCUGAAACUAUUCAAUUGAACAGUGGAAGAUUCUUACUGACCUUCAAUGAGUUCAUCAAAGUUAUUUCAAUAUUGAACUUGGCCUUGACUUCAACUAUAGACACCUCUCAAGGAAUGUUGGAAGACCUGGAAGAAAUAGACGUUCCUGAUAUCAAAAUCACUCCAGAUGAUCGACGGAAUUCGAAUAAAUUGACCAUUGCAUAUUUUAAGAAGAGUCUCCAGGAAUGGUUUACGCUGUUGCCAGACUACUGUUAUCUUGAAAGCUACGAAUCCCCAAGCAAAAUUCCUCCUAUGAUUGCAUUCUUACAUUUGGCUAGAGAUUUAACAUGGUGUGUAUUGGCUGUCAGAUUAAGUGCUUUGAAGGCAUCUCCAGGAGGAAAUACAGUUAAAGACAAGAUUGUACGUUCUCGUGAUUUACAAUACACUAAGGCAAUUAAGUCAAUCAAGAAGAUCAUCAAUGUUAAUUCGUUGAAGAACUUGAAAUACUACCCUUUCAUCGACUACUGUAUUCUCAUGGCCUUUAACUUUCCAAAGAUGAUGCUCUUUGAGGGAGAGAAUUCCGAGUUAGUCAAAAAGAGUCAUUGUGAGGAUUUUAGAAGUUUCCUAGUCAACGCUGCUUUGAUCUCAAUUCCCUGCAGAAUAUCAUGGGACCUAUAUAAGAUCAUGAAUGACGUAGAAGAUGAUUUGCUAGCUACCAUGUCUAAUGACCUUACUUCCAAAAAGAAAAGGAAAAGAGUAGAUCACAUGGAAUCAAACCUAAAUAGGUACUCGUUGCAACCACCCCUACAAGCCCCAACAUCAUACACCUCAAUUCUUCCUCAUACUAAAGCUUCUCCUUCGUCAAACAACCUUGUUAAUUUGUUGAAUAACCCGUCUUCGAUUUCUCCUGACAAAGAUAUCAGUUCAGCAGACAGAACAAAGUCAAAUUUAUCAAUUGGUGAAAUGUCCAAGUCGAAGGCAAAACCUGUAUUCGAAAUUGAAUCACGGUCCCGAUUUUCUUCGCAUUUGGCCUCGCCCUCAUCAAGAGAAGAAAUUGAUCUUUUCAUGGUUGACAACGAUUCUGUCAAGAGGGAUACCCGUAUGGAGAAGUUCAUGACGAAUCUAGGCUACAUUCGAAAUAAUAAU